GUAGACUCAGAUUGGCGGUCCAUGUGCUCCUUGAUCCCAAAUGGCACCGUGUAGUGGUAAAGACGGCGCAGUUGGUGUGAAUUCAUGGACUAGUUUCGCCACUCUACUCUCCACCAAUCUUCCUAGCCUUUCUACGCUUUCUAGCUACGGAUUGGGACGGUUACAAGCAGAGAUGAAAACGCUUUUGUCUGAAACCCUGCGCCGCUGCUCAAAAGGAAUAGCCGACAGUAAGCCAACCUAUACCUGUAGACGGCGGCCCUUGAUAGCGAGAUGAAGUUACAGGGCUGGAAAAAGAGCACGAGCCAUGACUGGAACAGGCCUGCUUUUGCUCCUCUUCCUCCUCUCUGAAGUUGCAGCCCCUAGACCUGUCUGCCUUAUAAACUCGUUCCUCCGGUCAUAUUCUCAGACAGUGAAGAAGGUCGACUGUCUGUUCUGAAGCUGACACUCGAGGCUGACAAUUACUUGAGAAAACUGAGAUUCUGCUGUGUAAGUCAAGAUGGCAACUACUUUAAGACAUGGCUGCAGUGCUGCAUUGAAUACUUCUGCGGUGAGAUCGUCGCAGGCUCAACAUGUGGAGACACGCAGAGUUUGCUUUUUCGGAGACAAUACAAAACUGAAACAGGGAAGUUUGGCCAAGUUAGCAUCAGUCUUUGUACCUUGCGGAGAUCGCUCUGCCACGCUUGGCGCUCUGAGAGUCCGGUGUAUGGUGCUGGAAACCAAGUCUUCUGUCGAGAAGAAAACUGCUCUGCAUGAUCUCUAUGAGAAAGAAGGUCAGAGUCCGUGGUAUGACAAUCUCAGCAGACCUGUAUCAGAUUUGAGGUCCCUUAUUGAUAGUGGUGUUCGUGGCGUCACCAGCAACCCCACGAUUUUUGAAAAGGCGAUCACGUCUUCUGAUCUGUACGACGACCAAUUCAGGCAACUCAUGAACGAAGGAAACGGUGUAGAGGAAGUGUUCUGGGGACUUGCUGUGACAGAUAUUCAGGAUGCCUGUGAUUUGUUUUUGCCUCUUUAUGAAGCAAGCAAGGGUGGAGAUGGUUUUGUGUCGUUGGAAGUCUCACCAGGACUUGCUGACGAUGGACAUGGAACCGUCGUAGCAGCUGACCGAUUGUACAAACUAGUCAAUCGGCCUAAUCUGUACAUCAAGAUUCCCGCCACUGCCGAGUGCGUGCCCGCCGUCAGAACUGUCAUCUCUCAAGAAAUCAGCGUGAAUGUCACUCUCAUUUUUUCUCUGGCAAGGUACGAAGCCGUCAUAAACGCCUAUUUGGAAGGUCUUGAGGCAGUUAAGAAUGAGGAUUUGUCGAAAAUCUCUAGUGUUGCAUCUUUCUUCGUGAGUCGUGUCGACGUCCUCGUUGACAAGCGACUGGAGAAGAUCGGAUCCGAGGAAGCGCUUGGCCUUCGUGGGAAGGCAGCGAACGCCCAGGCUGCAUUGGCUUUCAAGCUCUACCAGGACAAGUUCAGCGGUCCCAGGUGGGAGGCUUUGGCAAAACGAGGGGCUAACAAGCAGCGAUUGCUCUGGGCUUCUACCGGUGUAAAGAAUCCAGCUUAUCCCGAUACUUUGUACAUCGCUCCGUUGGUCGGUCCGGACACUGUAAACACUAUGCCACUAAACGCCUUGGAGGCAUUCGUUGAUCACGGAGUUGUUUCCAGGACGAUUGAUGCAAAUCUGCCAGAAGCACAGAAGAUUUACGACACGGUUGAGGCAUUGGGCAUUCGAUGGGCCGAUGUCGGAUCUCAAUUGGAGGCUGAAGGAGUGGCAUCUUUCCAAACGAGUUUCAACAAUCUUAUCUCCAGUCUUCAGGCAAAGGCCGACAAGUUGUAGAGAAGGCUAAAUGUUUUAUUCCGUAGAAUGAUAGUGUUCUCCUAGAACCACGAGUUUGUGUGCAUCAGAGCUUCAAUCGGUUACAGUAAGUUCAGGCUAUAGAAGACCGCAUUCUUCUUGAUGAAAUCAGGUUUAGAAUUCACGUAAAAUCUUUUUUGACAGCCAAUCUCGAUUUAAAGUAGGGAGCUCCAAUCUCAAACUGAAAUAAUCAUUCAUAACGUCCAGUUCUAGUAUCUGGACAUAUUGAGCAUUCAAUCCAUCAUCAAAUUGCGGCGUAGAAAUAUGUCUGAUAAGAAAUCUCUUCAUACUUCAUCCAAAUUUGUGCUCCAUUGCAAAUACUUUACCGAGAAAGUAGUCU